CGAUAAUUGGCAGUGCAUCUAUGGUAAUAGGCUAACUUUAUCCUGCAUGCGCUGAUGCAGUUCAUGCGCUAACUACCGGACGUGUUCUACCAGUCGGACCGUACUUGUAUGUGGUGCUUAUGUUUGCCCAUAUUUAUGGUGUGACCCACGAUCCACGCUUUCUCGUUUACUUUUCCUGGAGUUGUACAGCUCUCUGGAAUGAAUCUCUGAGAAUACCUUCUUUGUUUCACUCCUGGUCUAUGCAAUGACUUCCCGUAUUUCACAAUGGCGGGAGCCAAUUGCCAUUGUGAGCAUGGCUUGUCGUCUCCCGGGCGGCAUCGACAAACCACUAGACCUGUGGGACCAUGUUCGAGCAGGACGUUCGUCGGCCACGGCGAUACCGAAAGAUCGAUUUAAUGCCGAGAAUUUUCUAACCAUGGACCCUAAUCAGAAGGGAGCUCAGGCGUUUGAAGGUGCUCACUUCGUCAAGAGGGACAUCAAGCAGUUCGAUCACAAGUUCUUCGGUAUAAGCAAAGACACGGCUACAGCCAUGGAUCCACAGCAAAAACAAUUGCUCGAAGUUGUCUACGAGUGCAUUGAGUCAGCCAAUAUUUCCAUGGAAAAGAUCUCCAACUCCAAGAUUGGCUGCUAUUGUGCCAUGUUUGUGGCCGAUUAUCAUGACAUGUUGAUGCAGGACCCUGAAUAUCUUCCAACCUUUAUCGCCAUUGGAACAACACGAACCAUGCUUGCAAACCGCAUUAGUCAUGCGCUUGAUCUUGGUGGUCCCAGUGUGACGAUCGACACAGCCUGUUCCGGUGCCCUGGUUGCUCUGCAUCUUGCCUGCCAAGCACUGCAAGCUGGGGAGUGUGACGGUGCUGUGGUUGGUGCAUCUAAUCUUUUUCUGAGUCCAGAUUAUGCACUGUCUUUGACGCGUCUUGGCGCUAUAGCUGCAGACGGCCAGUGUAAGACAUUUGACGCCAGCGCCAAUGGAUACGGACGUGGCGAAGGAACCAACGCCGUCUAUGUAAAAAGACUAAGCGAUGCGAUCAGAGAUGGGGAUAAUAUUCGAGCCGUCAUCAGGGGCACCUCAUCUAAUAGUUCUGGUGCUACUCCAGCAAUUACGGAACCUUCCGGGCGAGCUCAAAGAGAUACCAUCUUGCAGGCUUAUGCCCAAGCAGGAAUCAACGACUUCAGUGAGACGGGAUACUUUGAGUGUCAUGGAACAGGUACGCCCGUGGGCGAUUGUAUAGAGUUGGGAGCCGUAGGUUCAGUUUUUGCUGCCAGUCACAAAUCCCAAGACGCACUUUGGGUUGGUUCUACAAAACCGAAUGUGGGACACUCGGAAGCGGCGAGUGGUUUGAGCAGUCUCAUCAAAGUAGUUUUGGCCUUGGAAAAGGGAGAAAUUCCUCCCAACACCAAUUACAAGACACCUAACCCCAAAAUCGACUUCGAAGGAUGGAGAGUUCGUGUUCCGACCAGCCCCCACCCUUGGCCUUCCAAGUCCAUACGCCGAGCAAGCGUCAACUCCCUUGGUAUCGGUGGAUCUACUGCGCAUGCCGUCGUUGAGUUCUACGAGCCGCCUAAACUGACUAACGGGUCCGUGAAUGGCGCCAAUGGCGUCAAUGGCACCAAUGGUGUUAAUGGCCAUCAUGAGGCAGGGGAACAAGCCAACAAACCGUUCUUCCUUCUGUUCACAUCUGGCGCCUCCCGCAACUCUCAAGACACAAACACACUCAACCUCCUAGAGUUUCUGAAAAGUCACGAUGAAUGCCACAGCUUAACGGAUCCCCUUGUCACAGCGCUGAAUGCUCGAAGCCAGAUCCAUGUCCGGCCAUGGAAGUCGUACGCUGUUGCCCAGACAGUUGACGAUCUCAUCCAGCAGUUGGAGAACAACGCCCUGAAAUCGAAUUCAACGCCGUCCAGUGGUGAUGCACCUCGAAUUUUAUUUACAUUCACAGGUCAAGGAGCCAUGUGGUCCCAGAUGGGUAAACGCCUCCUCGAGGCAUUCCCUGUGGCGCGCAACACCUUGUACAAUCUUGAGCAGGUCGUUAGAGAACUUCAGCCAUCGAAUACGUCGGCCUGGUCCCUGAUAGACAAGCUAACUGCUGAGCUCUCCCAAGAGAAGAUUGAUUCACCGGCACUCGCCCAUCCUCUUUCCAUGGCGGUUCAAAUCGCACUGGUGGAUGUUCUUUCUAGUUGGGGCGUCCUUCCAGAUGGGGUCGUCGGCCAUUCAGGUGGAGAGACGGCCGCGGCGUACGCUUGUGGUGCUCUUACUGCCAAGGAAGCCAUCACGGUCGCUUACUAUCGAGGAAUAGCCUGCGAGAACGCCCCAUCAGGUGCCAUGUUGGCCGUUCGAAGUGCACCACAGGCGAAAGAGUUGCAGGAUGCAUUGGAGCGAAACGAUGUGCAAAUUGCGUGCUUCAAUGGUCCCCAGAAUCUGACUCUCGCAGGCUCGGUUGAGGGAGUUCAGAAGGUGGCCGCCGAGCUUAGCAGCCAUGGCAUUGUAUCCAGAGCCGUGGCUGUAACUCGAGCCUACCAUACCCGUGCCAUGAAGAGUGUGGUGGAUGAGUAUAUCGGUCACCUCCAGGGUGUUCUGCAUCCGAAGGCUGGACGGGUUCCUAUGUUCUCAUCUGUUUCCGGUCUCGAGCUGAAUGGGACUGAGGUUGAUGCCGACUACUGGGGGGCAAACCUCGUAUCCCCAGUUCUUUAUACUGAUGCAGUGACAUUGGCCGUGACUCAAGCAGACCGCAAGUUUGAUUUGUGCGUCGAGCUUGGGCCUCACUCAUUGCUUUCUCGUCCUACAUCUGAGAUUCUGAAGUCUCUGGCUGAUUCGCCCCAACUCCCCUAUUUUUCUACUAUGCUUCGAAAUGCAGACUCAAGCCAACAGCUGAUGAGCCUUGCCGGAGACUUGGUCCUCAAUGGAAAGCAGUUGGAUUUGGAACAAGUCAACAAGGCCAGCUCUGUGGUCGCUGGCAAGUCCGGACGUCUCCCCAAUGAGCUUCAAGACAGGCUUCCCCCUUAUGCUUGGGACUAUUCCUCGACACCGUGGACCGAGCCACGAAACAGCCUGGAAUGGCGUUUCCGCAAAGCACCACGGCAUGAGAUUCUAGGAUCCCGUUGCCGAGGAGUGAAUCCAUCAGCUCCUACAUGGAGGAACAAGGUGUCGAUAGAAGAUGCGCCUUGGCUCGUUGAUCAUCAGGUCAAUGGCAUUGUGACAUUUUCCUUCACUACCGGCAUAGCGAUGGUGGUGGAGGCUAUGAUGCAAGUACAAGAAGAGACCAAAGAGAUUGAUUGGGCAAAUCAUUCAUUCGAAUUUGAAGAUUUUGUCUUUUCAAAUUCUAUUAUUCUUCCCGACGAAACACCGAUCGAUCUCUUUCUCACACUGGUCCCGGAAAACGACAAUGCCAGCUCCGACGAGACAUGGUAUGAUUUUACCAUUUCCUCACUGAGAGGCGACGUUGAUGUCCGCCAUUGUCAUGGCAAAGCUGCAGUCCUGGAAACGGGCAAAGACGAUGGUGCUUUUCUGCGCAGAACCUCUUGGCAUCAUAUGCCCCUCAAGGUACCAUUGAAGAGCUAUUACAAAACUCUAGAAAGAGUUGGCUAUGGCUAUGGUCCCAAGUUCCAGCUUCUUUCUGAAGUUCGGGUUCGCCCAAGCCUCUCGGCUUGUUCUGCCAAAAUCGACAUGACGUCGGUUGCCCCAUCUCCCAUUCGCGGCCAGCGGUAUCUCUUGCAUCCAGCAAUGAUGGAUGCGGCUCUGCAAACACCUGCAUUAGCCAAUCGCUCCGGCCACUUCCAAGAGAUCGAUACAUUGCUGCUGCCAUCCCGAAUGAAGAGAAUAUCGAUCCGCAUGCCCGCUGAGAACACGGAGAUCGCGUCUUGCACUACCAAUACAUCGCCCGUGGGUUUUAGCCGGAUAGAAGGGACUGUUGAGUGUUAUGAUGCGUUAUCGAAACCCUUCUUUGUCGUGGAAGGUCUGCAGAUGGACAGAGCCACGAGUGAUGACCAAACUACUCUCCCCUGGCUGAGGCUAAUCUGGAGACCUGACAUCGGCGACAUCUCAAACAAUGAUCCCAUGCUCAAUUCCUUCCAGAUCGAAAGUCAUCCAGCAGAAAAGAAGCUUAUCAACCUCGAGAACUUGGUCAAGGAGCUAAUACCGCUCAUCGUCGAGAAUGGUCUCGAAAACGGCAAAGACUUGGCCCCUCACUUGCAAAUGUACCGUUCGUGGCUGCUUGACCAAGCUGAUCUGCAUAAAGAAAGGCUAUCAGCGCGUCACCAGCUAAAGAAUGGAUUUGCGACAGUACAAGGUGCCAUCUCAAACGUCGUCUCAAACUCCGGAAUUUCUCAGACUGUCGAUGCGUCCAUCGUAUCUCAACUAGCCAUCAACAUGGGAAGAAUUUUCCGAGGAGAAGUAGAAGCACUAGCAGUUUGGCUAGAGGACAAUUUGUUGUACAGGUUCUAUCAAGAGAGCAUCUUCACAACGAGCAUGAACCAGAAACUCCUUUCUGCUGCCGAGCUCCUGGCACACAAGAAUCCCAAUAUGAAAAUCUUGGAGAUUGGAGCUGGAACUGGUGGUGCGACAACUGAGUUGCUGCGCGGCUUCUCCAGGGCUGGAGGGCCAAAUGCUUACCAAUCCUUCACUUUUACAGACAUUUCGGCUGGUUUCUUCGACAAGGCCAAGAAGAAGUUUGCCGAAUGGGACCGGAUCGAGUUCAAGACUCUCGACAUCGAAAAGGAUGUUUCUGAGCAAGGCUUUACUGAGAAGUACGAUCUUGUGGUUGCAGCCAACGUUCUGCACGCAACUGCCGACUUGAAGUUCGCAAUGAAGAAUGUUCGAUCCUUAUUACGUGACGAUGGAUACCUCUUGGUGGGUGAGCUGUCAGAGGACCUUACUUCAGCCAAUUUCCUUUGGGGACCCUUGACUGGCUGGUGGCUACGCCCUCGAUCACCUGGCCGGUCUGGACCUGGCCUUACUAUGGACGAAUGGCGUGAAGAGCUCGCUGAGGAUUUUGACAGCGUUUCCGAGAUCGAAGCCAGACACGACAAGAGCGAUACUGAUCAACUCUCAAGCACUAUCGUGAUGAUGGCGAGAGCAAAACCGGCUGACUAUACUCUACCCGAGCCACUUUCUGGGCAGGAAGUGCAUAUCGCUGGAAUUGGCAGCGAUUUAUCAACGCGGGACCACAUUGAGCGAUACCUCGGCAAACGUGGCAUUUCUGCAACGUCCAGUAAUCUUGAAGAGCUUUCUUCACGGCAAUGGUCUGGAGGCUGGCUCAUCCUUGUGGACGAGGCUGAAGGAAGCCUUCUUGCCUCUCUUCGACCAGAGCAGUUAGAGGCAUUGAGGUCAUGGCUAACUAAACCUAUCAAGUGCAUCUGGGUUACCCGCAAGGUAUAUCUGGAUCCGCAGAAUACGACAGGAGGGCUUGUAACAGGUUUUGCACGAACCCUCCGAAGUGAAAACAGCCAACUCGAGCUUUACACACUGGACUUGAGUAGCGAGGGCGAUGCAACAGCCAACAUCAUCUACCACGUCAUGGAACGGAUCCAUUACUCGCAUGACGAUCCAAUCUCCAAAUUGGACUACGAAGUGGCAGAAAAGGACGGGCAGCUCUGGACAUGCAGACUUGUGAAUGAUUCCCGCCUAGAAAACGCCUUUGGUCCUGCUCGAAAGAUGGAGGCACCUGCGACGCAGGUAGUUCAGGCUCGACAUCACUUGGUUGUGGGACAACCAGGAAUCUUGGAUAGUCUGACCAUGGCGCAAGAUGACGAAUACUUGGCCUUGCCGGAUGGGCAUGUUCUUGUUGAGGUCAGAGCCGUCGGACUCGACGAACGGGACGGACGCAUCGCCCAAGGAUCUCUUCCGGCGACGGAAUUUGGCCGCGAGUGUUCUGGCAUCGUCGCGAGGUGCGCUGCUAAUGUCACAUCAUUCAGCCCAGGAGAUCGCGUUGCGGUCAUUGGUCAAGGGACUUUUACAACACAUUACCUGGCACCUUCAGAUUGCUGUAGGAAGAUACCUGACUGGCUUUCAUUAGAGGAUGCGGCGGCGAUCCCUGCAAGUUUCGUCACUGCGUUGUACGCGCUGACUACGGCUGCCAGAGUCUCGACAGGCCAGAAAAUCCUCGUCAUCAACGCCACGUCAAGUCAAGGCAUCGCUCUGAUCAAAACGGCAACGGCACUGAAGCUAGAUGUUUACGCCACCAUCAGUGACAGAAACAAGUCUCUUCUCACCAAACACGGAAUCUCUUCCUCCAAGAUAUUUGUUAUCCCGCCAAGCGCCAGCCGUUCCAACGUUUCCCGUGCCACUAAUUGUCAAGCGUAUAAGCUCGUGUUGAACACUCGGUCCGGCCAGAAUGCAGAGUUUUCUCAUUUGGUAGCGAACGGUGGAACAUAUAUCGAGAUCGGGUUGGGUGAAACUCAUGGCGAUGAAUUCCAUUUUCGACCUAACAAGAACAUCAUGUUUGCUUCCAUUGAUCUGACGGAUGCAUAUCAUGAGAGCAGUCAAGACCUGGGAAAAUUGCUAGAUCAACUGAUUGGCAUGGUUGAGAGGCGAGAAAUCGAUGUUGACAUGUCGGUUUCGGUGACUGGGCUUCACUCCCUACAGUCAGCCUUCUCGACACUGUUAGAAGGUAAUCAGCAUAAACAAGUCGUAUCACUUACAGAUGUCGAUGAUGAGCAAUUGAUCAAGAUACGACCGAAGACUUCUCGUUUCAAUCAACACAAGACAUACAUCAUCACAGGCGGUCUUGGUGGCUUAGGACGCGCAAUUGCGGUGUGGAUGGCCAGCUAUGGCGCUCGGAACCUCAUUCUGGCCACCAGCUCGGUUUCGAGGGCCUCGGAGUCUGGUGAUCUUUUACAACAAUUAUCAUCAUAUGGAUGCAAUGCCAGAGUUGAAGUUUGCGAUGUGGGCGACUUUGCAGCUGUCGAACGCCUCGUUGCUGCCAUCGAGACUCCUGUCGGUGGAGUUAUUCACUCAGCCUUGAGACUUAGCGACCGAUUUUUUGAGGAUAUCACUUUGGAAGACUUCGAUGUGGUAUUUGGUCCAAAAGUCAAUGGCUCGCUGAAUCUCCAUACGUGCCUUCUCAAUCACAACCUCGACUUCUUUGUCAUGCUCAGUUCGGGUUGCGGAGUCUUGGGUAAUGAGGGUCAGUCGAAUUACUCGGCAAGCAGCACUUUCCUCGACACCUUUGCCAGAUACCGUCAAAGUCUCGGGCUUCCAGCCUCGUCUGUUGACCUCGGAUAUGUGGAGGACGUCGGAAACAUCAGCGAGCGUCCGGAGAUCCAGGCUUCUUUGUCAUCCCGUGGACUCAGGCCCAUUACAGUGAGAGAUGUUCUACGCGUGGUCGAGGGGGCUAUUGCAACGGGUUCGCCCAAGAAUCCAUACAUAACCAAAGACUCUUCUUACGAUGACUUUUCACAAAGUCAAAUCGUCCUCAGCUUUGGCAUGAUUGACAAAGCUACGGCAGAAUGGCAAUCUUGGGCCAAGGACGCAAAGUUUGGUUUGCUGCGAUCCAGGACUGCUGACAAUGCGGCAAUUGAUGCCGAUUCUGAUAGCGGAGAGAGUGCAGUCCAAACAGCCGUCAAGGCCUUCCGAAACACUCUGGGGCGGCUGGCUGAUGUGCCUGAGGGCAAAGAGGCGGCUUUGCAGCCCGUCGUUUGUUCUGCUCUUGUUGCCAAGCUGGCACAGGUACUGUCAAUGAAGGUUGGCGAGAUCCAACCUACGAGAUCAGCAGUCCAGUAUGGCAUGGAUUCGCUCAUUGCCAUUGAGGUUAGAUCUUGGGCCAGAUACGCAUUCCAGAUUGAUUUACCCAUCAAUGAUUUGACGAACCCAUAUAGUAUCCAGGAUCUGGCAGCUAGGGUUUCUCGAAUGAUUGUAUGAGGGAUUGUGAUCUCUCCUCCAGGGUGUUGAAAUUUACUACAGAUCAUGGAUUUCCUUUUUCUUUUUUUGAUAGUUCACAUUUUCUGCGUUCAGGUAUAGCUUUGUUAGGAUAUUUGAGAGACACAUCAACUGCAUACACUCUUUGCUUUCUGGA